AUGGCCACCGCCGGCAUCGGUCCCGAGGACACGCUGCUCCUGUUCCUACCCGACCGCACGCUUCCGGACGCCGCCUGGGUCGACCGCAUCAAGGCGACCUACCCCGGAUUGACCGUCCGGGUCGAGAGCCACACCGACCCGGCCACCGGCCAGACGCGAGACGUCAACAGUCUGUCGGCCGAUGUCUGGGACGGCGUCACGCUGCUGGUGGCACACGGCCCGCCGCGCACGACGGAGCAAAAGGUGAUUUCGUAUGCCGUGGAGACGACGCUCAAACCCACGACGGCACUGCCGGGCCUGCGCUUUGUGCAGGUGCCGUCCGCCGGGGCAGACCGCUGGAUUGCACACGAGACGCUGCAGCGGCCCGACCUGACCAUUUGCACCGGCAACGGGACGCAUGCGCCUCAAAUCGCAGAAUGGGUGAUUGGCGCGUGGCUGAUGGCCCGCCACCACUUCCUGUCCAUUGCUAGGCACAUGGCCACGGGCGACGCCUGGCAGCACCGGAUGGACCACAUGGGCGAAGACUCGACCAACACACGAAUCGGCAUCCUUGGCUAUGGCGCCAUUGGCCGGCAGGUCGCCCGGCUGGCCACGGCCCUGGGCAUGGAAGUCUAUGCCUACACUCGCAGCGAGCGCGCCACGCCCGCGUCGCGCGCCGACCCGGAUACAUACUGCGUGCCGGGCACCGGCGACCCAGAGGGCCGUCUGCCGGCCCAAUGGUUCCACGGCACCAGCGCCGACGAGGUCAACCGCUUCCUCGCGCGCGACCUCGACCUGCUCGUCGUGGCCACGCCGCUGACGGCCGACACCGCGAAGCUGCUGGGACCCGACCAGUUUGCCGUCCUCGAUGCGAGCCGGGCGGCCAAGCCCAAGACGUACCUCGUCAACGUUGCCCGCGGCAAGGUCGUCGACACCGACGCCCUCCUGCACGCCCUCCACGCCCACCAAAUUGCCGGCGCCGCGCUGGACGUGACCGACCCAGAACCGCUGCCGGCCAGCCACCCGCUCUGGAAGGCCCCCAACGUAUUCAUCGCGCCCCAUGUGAGCUGGCAGUCGCACCACAUGCGCGAGCGGCUGCUGGGCGUGCUGGAGCUGAAUCUGCAGCGCCUGCACGCGGGGCGGCCGCUGGUCAAUGUCCUGCACAAGGCGCUGCACUAUUAG